UAUGUUUAAUGAUAGCUCUGUAGUUGAUUUAGCUCGCGUGGAAACGGAUCCCAACUAUUCAUCUUCUCUCAAACAACUCUAUGAGAUAUGUCCAGACCUUUGUGGAAAGAAAACACGGAAUACAUCUGAUAUUGCAUAUCUUGAAAGCCGGUAUGCAGCAGCCCUGUUUUUCAUAAUGAAAUCCUGUGAUAGAUUAAGAUUCAUAAAACAACCUGGAGACUGUAGCUAUGUGAAGGCGAUGAGGGCAAUAGAUGAAGAAUGUCAGCUUGCCAGAGAGAAACAACAACAAAUCUCCUGUUUACCAAUACAGGAUACAGUCUGGUCUUUAGAUAGGAUCUUUGACCAUACAGAAGCUGCACGCAUAGUACUAGUGAUACAGGACCGGAGUUCUCUGGUGGUAGGGUUUACAGUUUGGGAAGCAUCAGACAUCACCUUAUCUGAGCAAGUUCACAUGGCCCUGUGUGCUGCCUGUUUGUACCCUGUAGUACACAAACCCCGUCGUCCUCGUUACUUCUGUAUCAUAGACAAGGACAUUGCCAAGAACUGUACUUUAGCUGUAGACAGACUAGGUAUUACCUAUGUCAAAGAACCUAAUCUCACGCCAAUGUACCAUGUGUCCCCACACUUGACCAACACACGUAAACACAUGAGCGCACUGUUCAGGGAGUGUACUGUCUGUAGAUUCAGGGCUGAGAGAGAAAUGUUUCACACUUGUGAUGGGUGUGGAGCAAUGUUAUACUGUACCAAGACCUGUGGUGAGACUGACUGGGGUCAAGAAGGACAAACAACCUUAUACAACCACUCUAAAUGGUGUCACAGAAUCAAGACCUACAUGGACGAGGAGAAACAGCUUGUAGAUCUACCCUUCACUUUUACAACAGAGACAACGCAUCCUGAAUUUGGCGUACUUCAAUUGGAAGAAUUCCUGCAAAGAAUUGGAUUACUUGGGCAGGGUUUGUGGCAGUGGGUGUGUCCCAUGAUGUUAGGUUCACCGGUCAGCAGGACACAUGGAUCUGGUUUCUUCAAGAAUUAUGAGAACCCAUUAUGGGUAACUAAGGACAAUGCUUGUUUAACUGAGGGACACAGGGGCCUAAUACAGAACAAAAAAACUCCAUCAGAUCACCCAGAAAAUCUUGGUUCCCAUGUUCAUCAAUCAGAAAAUUCAUUGACCCAGGUGGAUCAGCCAACAUGCUCUUGUACCAUUAGAGACCAGUUGAGAAAUCCUGAUGUGCCAGGUAAUCAGUUUGGAAGUUACUUUGAAGGUCAGUCAGGAGGUCAAUGUGAAGGUCAAUGUGAAAUUCAGCCUGCAGAUCUGUUUAGAGAUCAGUUUUCAAGUCAGCCUGGUUGUCAACUUGAAGAUCAGUCUGGAGUUCAGUGUGAAGAUCAGCAUGGAAUUCAGUCUACAGAUCAUUAUGUUGGUCUAUCCAGUGGUCAAAGUGAAGGUCAAUGUGGAGGUCAAGAUACCCUUAUCACUGACUGGGCAUCCUACUACAGAUACAGAGGACUCAGUCUUGAUUCACCUAUCUCUGUACUUCUACAAUGGCCUUUGACUCUCUACUACAUAUUGACAAGGUGCCUACCAAAAGAUUAUGGUUGUGAGCUGGCCAGGGACAGACCUGUGAUUCUGGACAUUUUAGGGGUGGAACAGGAGUUAGACUUGUAUCCAGUCUUUCAGGAGCUCAGCUAUUUACUGCCUAACCAUGAAUUUGUCAUCAACAUGUUUGGAAAGAAUAUUAGCAAGGUCGUGGACAGAUGUGUGAAAGUGAUGGGAAGAGUAAAAGUGAAGGUGUAUAGAUGUUUGUAUCAUAACUACAAACAUCGCUGGAAACCUGAUGUAGCUAUAGGUUUUAAUGCAGGAAUAGCAGCCUACCCCUCAUGGAGAGAAACAAUCAGCAAACUAAAAAGUGAACAAACUCCAGCCUAUUUCACAGAUUAUUGCCACUACAGUGCUGACCUGGGUCGAGAGGUCAUGAGAGAGGGUUGUGGCCUGGAGAUAUCCUUACCCUCCCUGAACCCGUUCAGGAGUCCAUUGAGGCGUGUCUGUGAUCAGCAUCUGUUGCCAUGGUUCAGCAAUGCUUACCUCUUCCAUCUUCUCUACACUCCCAUUAAACAAUGAAACACAA